GAGGCGGUAGUUCCGGAAAGUAGUGAAAAGUUGAGGCCUGCCCAUGUGGGUUGUAUGAUCGAGUCCAGCGCAGCUUUUCUUAAAUAACCACCUUAAGCAUGGCCGAAAACGACGUUGACAACGAACUGCUGGACUAUGAGGAGGACGAGGAGCCGCAGGCAGCCUCGGAGAACGCAGCUCCUGCUGUGAAGAAGGAGGUCAAAGGCUCCUACGUCUCGAUCCACAGCUCUGGCUUCCGGGACUUCUUGCUGAAACCUGAGCUGCUGCGUGCCAUUGUGGACUGUGGCUUUGAGCAUCCAUCCGAAGUCCAGCAUGAGUGCAUCCCACAAGCCAUCCUGGGCAUGGACAUCCUGUGCCAGGCCAAGUCUGGUAUGGGCAAGACAGCUGUGUUUGUGCUGGCCACCCUGCAGCAGAUCGAGCCUGUGGAUGGACAGGUCUCUGUGCUGGUUAUGUGCCACACACGUGAGCUGGCUUUCCAGAUUAGCAAAGAAUACGAGCGCUUCUCCAAGUACAUGCCCACAGUCAAGGUGGCUGUGUUCUUCGGCGGCCUCUCCAUCAAGAAGGAUGAGGAUGUGCUGAAGAAGAACUGCCCCCACAUUGUGGUGGGCACACCCGGGCGCAUCCUUGCCCUCAUCCGCAACAAGACCCUGAAUCUCAAGAACGUCAAACACUUUGUCCUGGAUGAGUGUGACAAGAUGCUGGAGCAGCUGGACAUGAGACGCGACGUGCAGGACAUCUUCCGGCUGACACCUCACGAGAAGCAGUGCAUGAUGUUCAGCGCCACCCUCAGCAAAGAGAUCCGACCUGUCUGCCGCAAGUUCAUGCAAGAUCCCAUGGAGGUGUUUGUGGACGAUGAGACCAAGCUGACUCUCCACGGGCUACAGCAGUACUACUGCAAGCUGAAAGACAGCGAGAAGAACCGGAAGCUCUUCGACUUGCUCGAUGUCCUGGAGUUCAAUCAGGUGGUGAUUUUUGUGAAGUCAGUACAGCGGUGUGUGGCACUGUCUCAGCUGCUGGUGGAGCAGAACUUCCCAGCCAUAGCCAUCCACAGGGGCAUGGCCCAGGAGGAGAGGUUAUCUCGCUACCAGCAGUUCAAGGACUUCCAGCGUCGGAUCCUGGUGGCCACCAACCUCUUUGGCCGUGGAAUGGACAUCGAGAGGGUGAACAUCGUUUUCAACUACGACAUGCCAGAAGACUCAGACACCUACCUCCACAGGGUUGCUCGUGCUGGAAGGUUUGGGACAAAGGGCCUUGCCGUCACGUUUGUGUCUGAUGAGACCGAUGCCAAGACCCUAAACGACGUGCAGGACCGCUUCGAGGUCAAUGUGGCUGAGCUGCCAGAGGAGAUCGACAUCUCCUCUUACAUUGAACAAUCCAGAUGAGUCGUCUGGAAAAAUGAAGAUCCCUCCAGCCCACCCAUUUCCUCCAAGUAUGUUCUUGAGAAGGCAAAGCUUAUGUGUUUUAUAGCACCCCUCCCCUGCUCUGUUCAAAGUGUAAAACUUGUUUUAUUGUGUUUCACUGGGUGAGUGUCUGGUUUUAAUUUGUAUUUCUCCUCCUCACUCAAUGUCAAUUGUGG